UUUAAUCCAUGGAUGUGUUUGAUUAACGAUUACUGUUUACUCAAGACAAUCUUGAAUCCACUUCUGUUAUACACUUACUUUUUACACUCUAUUUUGUAUUUUGUUAAUUAUGUCUCAUCAAUUUAAAUUGUUUAUUUCAACUCUUUUUAUCUUUUCAGUGGUUGUUGAUCAAUCAUCUGCUACUCUUGGUAUUUUUGGACUUGAUACUCUAGCGCAAUUAGCUGGAUUAACUGGAUCAUCAAGUGGAUUAAAUAGAUUUGGUCAAGGGGGAAGAGUUGGUGGCGGUUUAUUUCCACCAAGUCAUCGUUCUGAUCGUUCACCUUCCGAAUCAGCCCCAACCGAACCUUGGCCUAGUGCAGUUAGAAUAGUUGAUUUCACGGAUUUACCCACUUUACUCUUUUCUCGGCCCAACAUGACCGAUGCAAAGUCUUCCGGUUCACUAUGGUCAAGUAUUUUCAACAUAUUCAACAAUUCACCCGAUGAGACAAUCAAUGAUGAAAUGGAUCGUGAUAAUGUCGCCUGGUUUGCAAUUCCUGGUUAUAAUCAAUUUUUGGCCAAUGGGUCAGGUUUAGUUCAUUCAAUUCUUCCCGGUUUAUUGGUACCAGCAAAAGUGACCAUUGAUCAAUUGAAUCAAACUAAAUUUCCUACUUUUAAUCCAAUCAACAAUUUCACCAAUAUGUUUCCUCUUAAUUUUUUAUUCAAUCAUGAUUUGUCAAACAUUAACUCCAAUCCAUUUAAUCUACCACUUCCAUCCAAUCAACUACCAACUUCUGACCAGCAAGAACAAAACUUUUCUCAAAUGGAAACGCUUAAAAUGGCUCAGCCAAUUGAUUAAUUGUUGCUAAUUGUUUUUAUCUCUCAUCAAUCAUUGUUUUUAUUUGUUAUCUUUUUGUAGAUGGCACCACUGAUUUUCUAUAAAUAGAUUCACUUGAUUAAAUUUGCAUUUUAUUUUUA